UAUGGAGGCAAAUCUUGUUCUAUCUUACCAAAGCUUUUCAAAAGUUUCCAUGAGAAAUAUAAAGAUCAAUACAUAUUAUAAGUACAAUAAGUUAGCAUAUCCAUCAACAUGUUGUGUGUUAACAAAACCACCUCACAAUAAUCAUAGUAGUAAUUAUCAUGUUUAUAAAGAUAAUUGGUUUGAUCAUCUUGCUAUUAAUCAUCUCUCUCAAAGUAUACAAGCUACCACAGGAUUAAGAAACAAGAAGAGUGGCUAUGAAGGCUUUGUGGAGGCUGCAAGGGUGGUGUAUGUGAACUUUAAUUCAACACAUCAAACAAAUCUUGUUAUUGAAUCUCUUCAAAGGGCAUUCCCUAAGCCUAUUCUUUCCCUGGUGAAGAUGCUACUACCGGAAUCUAAGUGGGCGAGGGAGUAUUGCGCUAUUUUCACCACGAUCUUCUUCCCUUGGCUAGUGGGACCUUGUGAGGUGAAAGAGUCUGAGUUUAACGGGAGAAAAGAGAACAAUGUGGUCCACAUAAAAAAAUGCAGGUUUUUGGAGGAAACAAAUUGUGUGGGAAUGUGCACUAAUCUUUGUAAGAUGCCUUCUCAAUUAUUCAUCAAGGAUACAUUAGGAAUGUCAGUGAACAUGGUGCCAAACUUUGAUGAUAUGAGCUGUGAAAUGAUAUUUGGGCAGGAUCCUCCUCCACCAGAUACAGAUCCAGCAUUUAUGCAACCUUGCUACAAACUAUGCAAAUUAAACAAUAAACACCAAACAGAUUGCAACAGCCAAAUGAAGAAGAAAGAUCAUCUGGAGAUUUCAUAACGCGUCGUGUUCAUAUAUCCUUUCGAUUUGAAAGAUGAAAUACUCUUUAACAUUAUGAGCAUAUGUUAAAAGCAUUGGUAAUUUUAAAAGAGGUGUAAAU